AAUUGUAGAGAAGCAGACAGCAGUGAGAACCGAGAAAGCACGCGCCGGCCGUUGCUUUCUUUUGUGUGGCCCGUUCGUUAAGGAAAAGACGAUAAAGAUGAGCUUUCGUAUCCUCACCAGAACCUGGCAGAACCAAACGAGAAGGCGAAUCUCGGAUUCUGCUUUGCUUUUGCGCCCUUUUUCUGAGCUCUCUUCUCGAUCCGAACGACCUUCUUUCGGUAUUGCGUUCGACAUCGAUGGUGUCAUUGUACUCGGGAACUCCCCCGUCGGCGGCUCUCCGGCUGCCUUAAGAAAGUUGUAUGACGAAGCCGGUAAAAUGAAAGUCCCUUUCGUUUUCCUGACAAAUGGCGGUGGUUAUCCUGAAUCUAGAAGAGCUUCUGACCUUAGUCGACUGUUAGGCUUAAAUAUAUCACCUUCACAGGUCAUUCAGGGCCACUCUCCAUUUAAACAAUUGGUCAACCGAUUUGAAAACGAACUCAUUGUUGCUGUGGGAAAAGGGGAACCUGCUGCUGUGAUGUCUGAAUAUGGUUUCAAAAAUGUUAUUUCAAUUGAUGAAUAUGCACCAUGCUUUGAACAUAUUGAUCCGCUGGCACCAUACAAGAAAUGGACAACGCUGUUGGGUGCUGAUGAGAAUUCAAAAUUAAAGGAAACUGCUCCAAGAAGCAAUGUCUGGUCUGAGAGGGUUCGAGCAGCUUUUGUAGUCAGCGACCCUGUUGAUUGGAGCAGAGACAUUCAGGUGCUCUGUGACAUCUUAAGAACAGGAGGUCUUCCUGGAAGAAAUGUUGGACCACAACCUCUUUUAUACUUUGCAAAUGAUGACCUCGAGUACCAGACUGCUUUUCCUUCUGAACGUCUUGGCAUGGGAGCUUUCAGAAUUGCAUUGGAGUCCAUCUUCAAUAGGAUUCACCCUCACGCUCUAGAGUAUACUAGUUUUGGCAAACCGCAUCCAGCUGUAUUCAAGAAUGCUGAACUUUUGUUGAAGCAACUCAUGCUAUCGCUUGAUAAUCUUCAUGACGUAAAUCAUAAGAAUGCUAGGUGUUUCGAAACUCUUUACAUGAUUGGAGACAAUCCUGCAGUUGACAUCAGAGGUGCAAGACAGAGUGGGCAUCCUUGGUUUUCUAUUCUCACGAGAACUGGGGUUUUUAAGGGGAAGGAAAAUCAUCACAAGUUUCCAGCGGAUCUGGUUGUUGAUACUGUGGAAGAGGCAGUGGACUAUAUUUUGACCAAGGAAUGCGUCUUAUAGGUGGUCGUCGCUUUCCAUGACCGAGGCUUAUGAGCCUCAGGAAUUGGAAGAUGAUAAUAAUUUUAUGAUUCUUCUGAAGCAGAAGUCGCUGCAUGGAAAUCUUAGAAUCUUCGAUUGGAUUGAAAUGGAUCGAUUUAUUAUCCCUUCGUUUUUUUAUCAAGGUUCAGAGGGAAGGGUUGUUACCCUUUGUCACCCGCUUAACCCAAGUUUGUGUUGGCUAAGUUGCAUUUCUUCUACUCUUAACUUUUGUUUUGACAUGUAAAGUUUCUCUUUCAAACCCAUUGCCAGUAAGAAUAAUAAAUAAAAGACAGCACUGCCGCUGCGCAUCGGAUUUGGACCAACCA